AUGCCGCGGUCGUUCCUCGUCAAGAGCAAGAAGGCGCACAGCUACCACCAGCCGCGCUCCCCGGGACCCGACUAUGCCCUCCGCCAGGAGGACGUACCCGCGCCGGGCCGGGCAGACAGCACCUCCAGCGCGGGCGGGGCGGAGGCGGAGUCCGGCGGCCGUUUGUCCCCGGAGUCGCCGCUGACUGAGGCCCCCGACGGAGCCUCCGCGUCCCCGGGCAGUUGCGAGGACAGCGUCUGCGAUCGGAGCUCCGAGUUUGAGGAUUUCUGGAGGCCCCCGUCGCCCUCUGUGUCUCCAGGUAGGGACUCCCUGGGAGCUGGGAGCGGCCGUGGGCUGCACGCGGACAAGGGCGAGGGCGUCAAGGUGGAGUCGGAGCUGCUGUGCACCCGCCUGCUGCUGGGCGGCGGCUCCUACAAGUGCAUCAAGUGCAGCAAGGUCUUCUCCACGCCGCACGGGCUCGAGGUGCACGUGCGGAGGUCCCACAGCGGCACCCGACCCUUCGCCUGCGAGAUGUGUGGCAAGACCUUUGGGCACGCGGUGAGCCUGGAGCAGCACAAGGCCGUGCACUCCCAGGAGCGGAGCUUUGACUGCAAGAUCUGUGGCAAAAGCUUCAAGAGGUCGUCCACCCUAUCCACACACCUGCUCAUUCACUCGGACACCCGCCCCUACCCCUGUCAGUACUGUGGCAAGAGGUUCCACCAGAAGUCAGACAUGAAGAAGCACACCUUCAUCCACACUGGUGAGAAGCCCCACAAGUGCCAGGUGUGUGGCAAGGCGUUCAGCCAGAGCUCCAACCUCAUCACCCACAGCCGCAAGCACACAGGCUUCAAGCCCUUCGGCUGCGACCUGUGUGGGAAGGGCUUCCAGAGGAAGGUGGAUCUCCGGCGGCACCGGGAGACGCAGCAUGGGCUCAAAUGA